AUGGCAGACUUACCAAAGUUUUUUGCUCUUAAAUCAGCCAAGAACCAGAAAUACGUGGUCUUCAAAGACCAAUCCACCGCAGAGCUGCCAAAUAGGCUCGAAUGCUCCGGAGAGGAAAGUCACAGCAAAUACGCAAGGUUCAAAGCGGAGAAGGACGUAAACCAACCCAGUCUGGUGCAUAUAAAAUCCACCUACAGCGACAAAUACCUGAGAACGGCAAGCGAAGACAGUCCGUGGAUUGUGGCCGAGGCUGACGAGAAACAGCCAAAUAAAAACCUGUGGUCAUGUACACUCUUCAAGCCUGUUGUUUUGCAAAAACCGGCACCGUACGUCGACGGCGUAUACCAGUUCGUCCACGUGCGAUUGGGAAACCUUACAGAGCCAAAAUCUGGAACCGACUUCGAGGAUGAUGCCCUCGCUGCCGAAAAUGAAAAACCCACCAGUACCCCUGCCUUCACUGUCGAAAAACUUCCAGGAUGA